AUGGCUAAUCGUAAAGAUUUUGAAAUCCCAAUUACCGACGAAAAUGACGUUUUACAGAUCACAGCUUUGGGUGCUGGAAACGAACUUGACGCGGGUAUCCAUCCUGCAUAUAAUGGCCUUGCGGCCCUUCCAUUUUAUGAUGAGAUUGAUCCUGCAACAGUUGAUGUGUUGCUUAUUAAGCAAGAUCUUUUACAUAGUUAUGACAAAAUUGAAGCUGUUGACUAUCAUCAAGAAGUCGAGGUUGAAGGGAUAAAGUUUACAAGUUAUAAUGCUGGCCAUGUUUUAGGUGCUGCUAUGUUUCUGAUCGAGAUUGCUGGAGUCAAGGCAAAGGAAGAUAGGCAUCUAAUGGCUGCAGAACUACCUCCUGCACAACCAGAUGUAUUGAUCACAGAAUCUACUUAUGGUGUUCAAAACCACGAACCGCGUCUCGAAAAGUAUAAAA